GAUGAGACAGCUGUAAGCCUGCAAGCUCACUCUCACAUCUGGGAUUACACUGGAUCUGCAUACUCAGAACAAGGUUUCCACCAAGCUGAAGCCAUGAGGAUCCAUAGCCUCACCCUGCUCUCCUUCCUUUUUCUGGCUAUUGCGGUGUCAUUGGUGAAGGGCAAAAAGGAAGUAAAGAAUAGACAUGUCAGCAAAGGCACCAGAGAUAAAUUGCAUACUCUGGGAGACACCCAGAUUGAACCACCCAAACACCUGGCCAAAGGCAAGUUUGUCACCCAAGACCAUGCCAACUGCAGAUGGGUGGUGACUGAGCAAGAAGAGGGCAUCACCCUGAAGGUUGAGUGCACCCGACAGGACAACAAGUUUUCCUGUGUCUUUACUGGCAAUCCAACUUCCUGCCUAGAGUCAAACAAAAAGAAUGUCUAUUGGAAACAAAUUGGUCGGAACCUGCGCUCUCAGAAGGUCAUCUGUGGGGACCCCAAAACUGUCCUGAAAACCAAGGUGUGCAGAAAGAAGUUUCCAGAAUCCAAUUUCGAGCUGGUGAACUCCACUCUGAUUCAGAACAAGAAACCCAGCCAGGAGUUAACAGAGCCCUCUCCCAGGGAGCAGAGCAAAGUCAGUAAGGCCUCCCUCAUGGAACCUAAAAAGGUCAAAGAGUUAUCCCCUAAGGAGCAGAUAAAGGUCAAAGAGAAUAUCCCUUCUGGCUCAAUGGAGACUCAGACCAUAGCCACCCAGGAUCCCAACUGUGUGGAGGACCCAGACUUAAUAAAUCAGACAAAGAUGGCCCUGGACUACUGUGGGGAAUCCUGGGGCUCUAUCUGCAAAUUCUUCAUCGCCAUGGUCCAGAGCAAUUCAUGCUAAUGAGUCAAAAGAGAACAGAGUCCCUUAGGAGGUGCUAUGUCAAAGCCCUUCAGUAUGCUGUAAAGCUCUCUAAGUAAAAUGAACAUUUGUGCUAUGAGAGUGCAGUGGAAUAUUUAAACAGAUUUUAUAACUUUUGUUUUUGUGUUUUGGAAUUUGCUUUAUAUUCAUUUCCUUAAAUUUU